UUCCUUACUCUCCAAGACACAACACAAAACCCUCAUAAACCGAUUUCACCCCCUCUCUCCGUGUUUUUUUUUAAUGCAUUACCUUCACUGAUCAAUCAUAUUCAAAUUCAACCCAUCUUCUUCAGAAUUUCUGGUUCCAUGGACACUUCUGAACAACUCGAUUGGGAGGCUUUCCUGGAAUUCGAAGUCGAUGAUUUUUUCAUGGACGCUCCUCCUCCUUCUCUCGCCGUCGGUUCCUCGCCGGAUCCCGUUCUGUCGGAGAUCGAGAAUCUGCUUAUGGACGACGAACCCGCUGUCCUUCCGUCGGAGUCCGAAGACUACGACAAGCUUCUGGCGGAGAUUCUAGCCGAGCCGCACCCUCACUCCGACAAUAGCAGAGUCGAGCCACCAACUCCAGAAGAGGCUUCCAAUGAAACCGUCUCCAAGAAGCAAAUUAGGCAAAUGAGGAAUAGGGAUUCUGCUGUGAAAUCAAGAGAGAGGAAGAAGCUGUAUGUGAAAAACCUUGAGAUGAAGAGUAGGUAUUAUGAAGGGGAAUGCAGAAGACUGGCUCAUUUGCUCCAGUGCUGCUAUGCUGAGAAUAGCGCGUUGCGGCUUUGUUUGCAAUCGCGUGGCGCAUUUGGUGCUUCCAUGACCAUGCAGGAGUCUGCUGUGCUCUUGUUGGAAUCCCUGCUGCUGGGUUCCCUGCUGUGGUUCAUGGGCACCAUGUGCCAACUCAGUCUACCCCUGAUACUGUGGUUAACAGUGGUACUUCUAAGAGAAAACAUGGAACAGAAAGACCUAAGAAGGGUGGCUCGAAAAGGGCCAGGAAGUAAGAUCUCUGAGUAUUUCCUGAUGGAAUCGUUUGUUAGGAGUAGAAGAUGCCGAGCUUCAAGAACCAAGAUGAAAUUUGAUUUUUUUAAUGUUCUAUAACUUCUGAGGGUGGUCUUUCAGGUUUUCUAUUCAUUCUUUCUUUCUCUUUCUUUGUCUCCGUGUUUUAGUGUCCUUUUGGAUAGGGUCGUGAUCAGAAAAUAUGUCAAAAAGAACUAGUUUAAGUGUGUUGUUGAUAUGCAUUGCUAGCUGCUAUGGCCUUUUAACUUGUCACAAAACAACAAUAUGCUGAAGUGCUCCUAUUCAACACAUGGCACUCCAAAACUUUUUGAGUCAGAACUUUUUGUUUGUAUAUCUUAGAGUCGGUUUCUUGGAUUA